AUGAACAACAACGAUUGGCAGAGGUUUGCAAGAGACUUGCAGAGAAGAGCAGAAGAAAUCUCAAAAAGUUCAGGUGGACCAGGACGUAGUGGUUUUAAGCCAGGUAGUGGUGGCUCUCCAAAGGGAGCAUUGUUCAGUAUUGGUGGUUUGGUUUUAGUAGGUGCAGCAUUAGUGUUUGGCCAAAAUACCCUUUACAAUGUCAAUGGUGGUGAAAGAGCAGUCAUUUAUGAUAGACUAUCUGGUAUCAAGCCCACAGUUGUAGGAGAAGGUACACACAUCAAGAUACCUUUCUUACAAUUCCCUACUAUUUACGACAUCAGAGCAAAGCCUACAACAAUCGCCUCUUUGACGAGUACUAAGGACUUGCAAAUGGUUAACAUAUCAUGUAGAGUUCUAUCAAGACCAGAUGAAAGAGAGCUACCAACUAUUCACAGAACCCUUGGUAAGGAUUACGAACAGAAGGUUUUACCAUCCAUUAUCAACGAGGUAUUAAAAGCUGUCGUUGCUCAGUUUAAUGCUAUUCAAUUGAUCACACAGCGGGAGAAGGUUUCCUCUUUUGUCAGAGAGAAUUUGGUCAGACGUGCGGCAUACUUUAACAUUAUGUUGGAUGAUGUAUCAUUAACUGCAAUGACAUUUUCUCCAGAGUUUUCUAGUGCUGUCGAAGCUAAGCAAAUCUCGCAACAAGAAGCUCAAAGAGCUACAUUUGUAGUUGAUAAGGCAAUCCAGGAAAAGCAAUACAUGGUUGUUAAGGCACAAGGUGAAGCUAAAUCUGCUGAAUUAAUCGGUGAUGCUAUCAAGAGAUCUAAAGACUAUGUUGAAUUAAAAAGACUUUCAACUGCAAAAGAAAUUGCAGAAAUUCUUGCAAAGUCUCCAAACAGAGUUUUCUUGGAUAAUGAAGCAUUAUUGUUGAACACAGUUACCGAUUCCAGAUCUAAGAAAUAA